AUUCAACGUAAAAAAAUGGUUCGAGUCUCCGCCUUACACGUACCUAAUAUGGGAGUUGCAAUUCAUUCAAAUCAAGGAUCCUCGGUUUCAUAAGUCAGACCCACCCUCCAACCCCACUUGCUUGUUUCUUUCCCUCGUUUUCUCCGAUCCCUCCCAUUCCUUCCUUCAAUUUUUGCAUCCCCUCUCCUCUUUAGCUCUGAAUCACCCCUCUGAGAUCUCCAUUCACUGAAAUCUCUUCCCUUUUGUCUUUUGAUGGGUAGUAUCUCGCACGUGAUCGCCCCCAAACUCACUCUCCCCCACCUAACUUCUAGCCGCUUCCAUGGAGGCUUGCUCUUCCCCCGCUCCAAUGGUCGCGUCCCCACAUUGAAACUCGACAGAGUACCCUGGAAGGUUCGUAUAUCCUCAGAGCUUAAGAGUCAGAGCUCCAGUACCAUCUCCUGUUCGGCCAUUGAUUUCAGUGAUCCUGAUUGGAAAGCCAAGUUCCAGAAGGACUUCGAGGCCCGUUUCAGUCUUCCCCAUAUUACUGAUGUCUUCCCAGAUGAUCGUCCUAUUCCCUCAACAUUUUGUCUCAAGAUGAGAACUCCCAUAACUGGAGAUUUUCCUGGUAAUUAUCCUACUGAUGAAGAGUGGCAUGGAUACAUUAAUAAUAAUGACAGAGUGCUUCUUAAGACAAUAUACUAUUCGUCCCCUACAUCUGCCGGUGCUGAGUGCAUUGAUCCUGGCUGUUCCUGGGUAGAACAAUGGGUUCAUCGAGCUGGGCCUCGUGAAAAAAUUUACUUUCAACCAGAAGAUGUCAAGGCUGCGAUUGUAACUUGUGGAGGGCUCUGCCCUGGUCUCAAUGAUGUCAUCAGACAGAUUGUAAUCACGCUAGAAAUAUAUGGUGUGAAAAAAAUUGUGGGGAUUCCUUUUGGUUAUCGUGGAUUUUCUGACCAAGAAUUGACAGAAGUUCCGCUGUCAAGAAAGGUGGUUCAGAAUAUUCAUCUUUCUGGUGGAAGUUUGUUAGGAGUUUCACGAGGAGGACCAAGUGUCAAUGAAAUUGUGGAUAGUUUGGAGGAAAGAGGCAUCAACAUGCUUUUUGUGUUGGGUGGAAAUGGUACACAUGCUGGUGCCAAUGCAAUUCACAAUGAGUGCCGUAAAAGAAAGCAUAGGGUAUCUGUAGUUGGAGUGCCUAAAACCAUAGACAAUGAUAUUUUAUUGAUGGACAAAACUUUUGGCUUUGAUACUGCUGUUGAAGAAGCACAAAGAGCAAUAAAUUCUGCAUACAUUGAGGCACAUAGUGCAUAUCAUGGAAUUGGCGUUGUGAAAUUGAUGGGUCGUAGCAGUGGAUUUAUAGCGAUGCAUGCAUCUCUAGCUAGUGGACAGAUUGACAUAUGCCUGAUUCCUGAGGUUCCGUUCAAGUUACAUGGACCGCAUGGAGUCUUGAAUCAUCUCAAGUACCUCUUACAAACAAAAGGAUCAGCUGUACUCUGUGUGGCAGAGGGAGCUGGACAGGAUUUACUUCAAAAGACUAAUGCAACUGAUGCAUCUGGAAAUACUGUCCUCGGAGACAUUGGUGUUCGCAUUCAACAAGAGACCAAGAAAUAUUUCAAGGAGAUUGGUGUUCAUGCUGAUGUGAAAUAUAUUGAUCCAACAUACAUGAUCCGGGCAUGUCGAGCAAAUGCAUCAGAUGGAAUUCUAUGCACUGUACUUGGGCAAAAUGCUGUUCAUGGUGCUUUUGCUGGAUUCAGUGGCAUAACGGUUGGCAUUUGUAACACUCACUAUGCUUACCUUCCCAUACCAGAAGUAAUAUCUCAUCCCAGGUUGGUGGAUCCCAACAGUAGAAUGUGGCAUCGUUGCUUAACCUCAACCGGCCAACCCGACUUCAUUUGACGCUUUAUGAUUUUUAGUGUAUUCAAGAGCCUUGAAAUUCAGGCUUCCAAAGACUGCAUAUGGUAGGAAGAUAGGUUCAAAAUACUUCUGGCCGAUCUGUUCCAAUAUACCCAGGAAAUAAUACUAACGAUGAUACUUCCUCUCUGAAAAAUUGUUUAUCUUGUAUAGCAUGGCAGUUUCUUAGUUCUGCAAAUUGCUUGCCUAAUAAAAUUUUGAGAGGCGAUGUCAAGAAUUUUGCGGUUGAUUUUCCAUUGAUUUGUAACAUUUGCUGUAACUUAUAUUGAGGGCCAAAAGACUAAUUCAAUAAAAAGUACUUAGAGCAGGUGAUCUGUAUUUGUUCGUUGUUCCGGCCUCUGUUGUUGGAUUGACUGUACCUAUUUACAUUUGAGAUAAUGUGUCUUAAAUCAGAUUUAUUUGUAAUGCAUUUUCGUUUUUAUGUUUUUUUUUUUUAA